AUGAACCGGUUCGGUGCUGAGCCAUCUGAUGUAGUCAUGACCUCUGAGGCUCUGUUUGAAACCGAGGUAAUCCUAUGGAGCUGGUUGGAGAGGGUGAGAAUACAUUUUUUUACCACAGUAGUAGCUAGCAAGUGUUCACCAACCUCUUUCUCUGUGGCUACCCAUAAUCCCCUGGGUCUUACUGUGAGCCAUCUUAAUCAGCUGUGACCUGUACGACCCGGUAAAGUACUUCAGGGAUGACUAGCUCUAGAAGGCUAUCUGCCGUGGCCACAGUGUGUGUAUAAAUACAUGGUGGGCUUAGAGGCUUAAGCCCCCCACAGACAGUACGAUUUUAGCCAUCUUAUGCCAUGAUUUUGCUGUCCCUGGCUAUUGCGAAGUUGUGGGCAAAGUCGUAGGUCGUAAACGAUUGUUGAUCGUCUUGGCUCGUUCAGUGUGACAGGGUCUACGUCUGACGAUUUAAGUACCGCUACGCGCGGUCGUAGGCUCCCACAAAGUUCUGACAGUAUCAGAUUUAUUUUGCCUUUAUCGUGUAGUGUGUGGCUGGUGUUAAGAGCCGAUCUCGGUGACUGAUCAAUAGGAACACAACCAGCACUGAUUUAUUAUGCACACAAUGAUACGAUUAUUGGGAAUAGUCCGAAUAAUAUAAUAGUUUGAUUUAAACGUUUGCAUGCUGUGCAAGAAUAAUGAUUUCCCUAAUAAUCCUGUUUACAUGAAAAGACUGAAUCUGACGUACUGUCUGCAAAGGCCUUUAGUUAUCAGUGCAGAGCCACUUUCUCCUAUGCAUAUCAAGGCCUCUGUUAGCACUACACAGACAUGAUAGCCUACUUGAAUGCUAACAGUGCGGUUGACCUAGUAUUCCUGUAAUCCUGUAGUGAGUCACUGGGCUGGACCAAGCAACAGGUCAAUGUCACCUGUUUGGGCUCAUACACUGCAACCCAUAGUCUCAUGAACCUACUGGGUCACACCAUGAGCUAAGUGGACUUGACCUACAGUUCUCCUCACAGGCCCAUCCUACUACAGCUCAACCCAGCCCAGUCCCCAGUCAGUGAAGACAGCUGGCUGCAGCAGGAGUCUAAACCCUAGCAUUAGACCACAUCCAUUACUAACUGUAACAAUAAGGAGCUCUGUACUGUUACUUUAUGAGCCUGUUUUCCUCUGUGGUAGGCAAUAAAAAAGUAAAUCAGAAGCACCUCCAGAAGAGCAUUCAUAGCAUGCCUUUUACUACCUUGAUGUUGACAUUAAAGAGAACACUACUAGUAGGUCAGGAAUAUAGCCCCAGUCAGCCCGGUCUCCCUGAGGUAAAUACUAGGCUAUUAGAACCAUACCACUCCACUAUCAAUGUUAUUGCCUAAGGCGGACUCUUCGGUGUGUACACGUUGGCACCCUGGUCUCUCGUGCACUCACACACAGUGUGGCCUUAUAAGGUGUCCAGUGCCUGCUAGGUCUUGCCAGGAUACCGAGUGAGGUUUAGGUUUGUUUUUAGUAGCUAGGAGCCUUAGAGAGCAGAGCAGCACUAUGCCCAUGUAAGAACACACAGCGCUGUCUGGACUUUGGACUCAGGCACACACACACUGAGGAUGACGUGUGUCUGCUAUGACUGCAUGAUCCAGAGUGAUAUGGAGAGGAAGCUGCAUUCAUGUCCAUUUAGAAAUAUGACUAAAAUCAAAUCCUUCUGCUUUCCAGGAGUUUAAACUUUGUGUGUGUGUGUGAAGGUCACAGCCUUCAGCAGUAUGACUCAUCUCUCUGGAUCUGAGGAGCACAUUCAUUACAUAACUAUGACCUCCUCUCUCCCUGGGUUGGGCCUGACACACUUCUGUCCUAUGGUGGGAUGAGUGGUCUGUGUGUGUCCGUGCUGUGGUGGACCCUUGCCUUGAGGGGGAGACCCAGACCCAAUGAGACACCGGGUAUGUGUGUGAGAUGUAUGACGGUCGUAUGCGUGUGAUGGCAGUGUUUCCCCUAGAUUAUUUGCCAAAAUCAACAUCUAGGGCAGGGCAAUUCAAUUACUGAGCAACAAUAUAAACGCAACAUGCAAAUAUUUCUAAGAUUUUACUGAGUUACAGUUCAUAUAAGGAAAUCAGUCAAUUGAAAUGCAUUAAUGAGGCCCUAAUCUAUGGAUUUCACAUGACUGGUCAGGGGCGCAGCCAUGGGUGGGCCUGGGAGGGCAUAGGCCCACACACUUGGGAGCCAGGCCCAGCCAAUCAGAAUGAGUUUUUCCCCACAAAGAGGCUUUAAUACAGACAGAAAUACUCAUCAGCUCUCCGGGUGGCUGGUCUCAGAUGAUCCCGCAGGUGAAGAAGCCGGAUGAGGAGGUCCUGAGCUGGCGUGGUUACAUCUUGUCUGCAGUUGUGAGGCCGGUUGGACGUACUGCCAAAUUCUCUAAAACAAUGUUGGCAGAGAAAUUAACAUUAAAUUAUCUGGCAACAGCUCUGGUGGACAUUCCUGCAGUCAGCAUGCCAAUUGCACGCUCCCUCAAAAUUGAGACAUCUGUGGCAUUGUGUUGUGUGACAAAACUGCACAUUUUAGAGUUGUCUUUUAAUGUCCCCAGCACAAGGUGCACCUGUGUAAUGAUCAUGCUGUUUAAUCAGCUUCUUGAUAUGCCACACCUGUCAGGUGGAUGGAUUAUCUUGGCAAAGGAGAAAUGCUCACUAACAGGGAUGUAAACAAAUGUGUGCAAAAAAAAAUCUGAGAAAUAAGCUUUUUCCACAUGCUUUUUUCCACAAGCCUUUUCCACAAAUAACAUUUUCCACAUGUGAUUAUUCUUCAGAAGAAUUGUAUGAAAAAGCAACCACCAAUAAAGCACUUUUCUUAAAAUUAAAUGUUGCCAAAAGUAAUUAGAAAAGAUGUGGCGGGCGCUCAACAAGCGUGAGUCGAGGUGCAACCUAAACAUUUGAUCAUCAUUGAAAAAACACAACACUCGCUCACUAUUAUUUUGUUUUAUUUAAACAAAUAUUAAAAGGUUCUAAAAGUAAUUAGGUCAUUUUGAAAUCAUAUGAAAACUAAACAUCUCAAUAAAUAACACAAAGAUACAGUAUGUCAAAUCAGGUAAGGCUGAAUUCCAGUCUGAAGGAAGUAUGCUUUGAAUUAAUUUCCCUCAGUCAUUAGGCAAGUUUUUUGUCACUCCCUUUUAACGAGUCCUUGUGAGUAUCAGAGAGGGAAAUAGAAGGCACGUAGGUGUUCCUUAGUCGUAGCUUUCAGAAAUGGGGUCAUAAUAUUUUGUAGCUUAAAUCGUUCAAACGCAAGAGCCAACUUCAUAUGAAGAAAAAAUAAUCUACUUGCCACACAGGCUCUAAAAGCCGCUAGAAACAACACUAUAGACAACCACCGUAGUGCUUGUCAUUUUGGCACUGAAGUCCGAUAUUGGCGUAGAUGUUUUUAUUAAUGUUAAGAAUUGAUCAAAGGGCCAGUAUAAAUUUGUAAACGGGCCGGAUCUGGCCUGCAGACCGCCAGUUGAAUAUCCCUGAUAUUCAAAUGAAGGUCAGGAAAACACUGUGGCAGGCCCAGGGCUGGAGGCCUGUGUGUGUGUGUAUGCUCUUUAUGUCUAUCUGUAUCAGCUGAUCUUACCAAUCUCUUCAGGCCAUAACACAUGUAAUAACACCACUUAACUCUGUUUGUCUCUGUUUCUGUCUAUCAGGAUGUGGAGCAGGAAAGGGAGUUACGGACUCAUCUCAGCAGAGAGGAGAUCAGACAGAAGGUCGAGCUGUACAACUCCUCCUCCAAGGACCACCUCAAAAUGACCCUGGUAAGUGACCUCUAACCUCUAACCCCUGACCCCGUCCACUAACCCUUAACCCAACUCCUCCAUCAGACACUAGGCUACCUCACAGUUUAUCAUCCCAUGUGACCUAGCUACCCACUUCAACCCCUCAUCCCUAAACUAACUUGUAUGAUGGUCAGGCUCUGAUGGUUAUCUCUGGCACGAGUGUGUGCGUGGGUCUGCCAGCCUUCAGCUGAACUGUAAAGGCUCAUUCAGCGCUCAUGUUUUGUGUGUGUUAUCUAGCCCCUCCUGAUCCACAGCAGAGACGUGACACACACUCACGUUUGCUCACUGCAUGCUUCCACCACAUCUCUCCGUCUCUGUUUACUAAUGAUGAGGAUGAUUGAACAGAAGCUCUUUUGUUGUCCUGACCUCCGCUGUUGUGUAGAAGAGGACCAGCGCUGUCUAACUGACUGCUCAGUGCUCACCAGACUAGCCUGCCUGAGAGAUGUGUACCAGAUUAAUAACUUUAACAUACUUAUUUCCUUCUGGGGAGGGUUUGAACUAAUGUUCUUCUAUUCACCUUGAUGUCCAUAUAAUCCAUGCUAUCUGACCUGACAGUCUGUCAUCUAAAACAUGCAGUCAGGCAGGCAUAAUGACUGUACUGCUGUCUUCUGUCUUCUUUAGAAUGUCUUUGUUUGCUCCCACACCCAUUUCCUUCUCUCUCCUCUCUUUGGGUCCCCAGUCUGUCCAUCUAUCACAACCACAAGUCACUCUUUGUUCUCUUUCUCUAUAGAAACAUAACUAUGUAACGGUGCGGGUGCGUCGUGGCAUUCAGCUGAUUGAGGAGUUUCAGCUCUCAUCACCUUUAAUGACCCUCUCUCUCUUCUCUCUCUUACCCUUCUAAACACUCUCUCUCUCACACACACGGUCCUGUCCCCAGGGGGGUGGCAUGUGAAGUAAUGAGCUUAGAGAUGGGUGCACAAAUCUGGGCUCCAUCUGGUAACUAAUAUUACCAUCCCCACCCCACCCCAUUAUCAUCUGCUCAUCUCUCACACAGACAUGACCGAGCUUACUGUGUGGUGUGCGAACAUGCGUGCUUGUGUACAUGUUCUGUGUUGCCCUGCCCUAUCCUGACCUGUCUCUCUCUCCCUGUAGAACCCAAGUGGUGUGUAUACAGGGUUCAUCAAGGUGCAGUUGGAGCUGAGGAGACCCAUCACAGUACGAGAGGGCCGAGGAGGUGGGGGAGGAGAGGAGGCUUUCUACAUCCCCCGGGGGGCGACUAACACUCUUCACAUCAGCUCCAACAACACCGUACGACAGGUGGGUCUCACUCACACACACACACACACACAGUUACGAACAACCUGCGGAAAGUAUUCAGACCCCUUUACUUUUUCCACAUUUUGUUACGUUAGUCUUAUUCUAAAAUGGAUUAAAUAUUAGUUUUUCCUCUGCAAUCUACACAUAAAACCCAUUAAUGACAAAGCGAAAACAGGUUUUGAGAUUUUUGUAAAUGUAUUGAAACUAAAAAACAGAAAUACCUUAUUUACAUAAGUAUUCAGAACCUUUGCUAUGAGACUCGAAAUUUUGCUGCAGUGCAUCCUGUUUCCAUUGAUCAUCCUUGAUGUUUCUUCAACUUGAUUGGAGUCCACCUGUGGUAACUUCAAUUGAUUCGACAUGAUUUGUCUAUAUAAGGUCCCACAGUUGACAGUGUAUGUCAGAGCAAAAACCAAGCCAUAGGUCAAAGAAAUUGUCUGCAGAGCUCCGAGACAGGAUUGUGUCGAGGCACAGAUCUGGGGAAGGGUACCAAAAAAUGUCUGCAGCAUUGAAGCUCCCCAAGAACACAGUGGUCUCCAUCAUUCUUAAAUGGAAGAAGUUUGGAACCACCAAGACUCUUCCAAGAGCUGGCCGCCCGGCCAAACUGAGUAAUCGAGGGAGAAGGUCCUUGGUCAGGGAGGUGACCAAGAACCCGGUGGUCACUCUGACAGAGCUCCAGAGUUCCUCUGUGGAGAUGGGAGAACCUCCCAGAAGGACAACCGUCUCUGCAGCACUCCAACAAUCAGGCCUUUAUGGUAGAGUGGCCAGACGGAAGCCACUCCUCGGUAGAAGACACAUGACAGCCAACUUGCAGUUUGCCAAAAGGCACCUAAAGACUCAGACCAUGAGAAACAAGAUUCUCUAGCCUGAUGAAACCAAGAUUGAACUAUUUGGCCUGAAUGCCAAGCGUCAUGUCUGGAGGAAACCUGGCACCAUCCCUAAGGUGGAGCAUGGUGGUGGCAGCAUCAUGCUUUGAGGAUGUUUUUCAGUGGCAGGGACUGGGAAACUAUUCAGGAUCGAGGCAAAGAUGAACAGAGCAAAGUACAGAGAGAUCCUUGAUGAAAACCUGCUCCAGAGCACUCAGGACCUCAGACUGGGGCAAAGGUUCACCUUCCAACAGGGCAACGACCCUAAGCACACAGCCAAGACAACGCAGGAGUGGCUUUGGGACAAGUCUCUGAAUGUCCUUGAGUGGCCCAGCCAGAGCCUGGACUUGGACCCAAUCUAACAUCUCUGGAGAGACCUGAAAAUAGCUGUGCAGCAAAGUUCCCCAUCCAACCUGACAGAACUUGAGAGGAUCUGCAGAAAGGAAUUGGAGAAACUCCCCAAAUACAGGUGUGCCAAGCUUGUAGCGUCCAACCCAAGAAGACUCGAGGCUGUAAUCGCUGCCAAAGGUGCUUCAACAAAGGACUGAGUAAAGGGUCUGAAUACUAAUGUAAAUGUGAUAUUUCAGUUAUUAAUAUUUAAUACAUUUGCAAAAAUUUCUAUUAACCUGUUUUUGCUUUGUCAUUAUGGGAGUAUUGUGUGUAGAUUUAUGAGGGGAAAAAAACAAUUCAAUCAAUGUUAGAAUAAGGCUGUAACGAAAUGUGGAAAAAGUCAAGGGGUCUGAAUACUUUCCGAAUGCACUAUACUUAUAUAUAAUUUGUUUUUAUCAGGUGAUCCAGGCCCUGUUGACGAAGUUCACCGUAGCUGACAAUCCUGCUAAAUAUGCCCUGUACAAACGCUGCCGCAGGGAGGAGCAAGGUAAGUCUGUCUCGUGUGUUUGCAGUCUGUCUUUCUAGCUAGAGGAGACACUGUAGUUGGCUUGUCAUGCCAUAGAUGCCAGACUGUGUUAGCUGGCUGGAUAGCAUACAUGCCAGAACUGGGCUGGUGUCUGAACAUAGUGUGUAUUCAUGAUAGUUUUCGAGUGUGCGUGGGUAUCUGUAGGGUCAGGGUGUGUAUUUAUAGAUGCCUCGCCCUCAUGUUGCUGAAUGCCACAGGGCUGUCCCCACACACAUUGUCAGGAACCCCGCCAGGGUGGAACACACACACAGCGUGUCCAGCAGCAACUGUUCUCCCACCAACCAGCCAUCCUGUGGAGAGAAGGCCCCAACAGGUUUCAGUACAGUUUACAGUAGCAGCCUGUGUCUUGGUCUUCUGUUCCCCCCCCCUACUGUUACAAAAGUUAUUCCUAUGUUAGGGCUCUGCUAGAUGAGAUUGAGAGGGCAGGUGAGGUUCAGCCUGGACCUUAACCCGGCUCCGAGUCAGACCCCAGAAGACGAGCAAAGAUGGAUCAGUCCCUAUACCACAGAGCAGGAGAUUAGCCCCUAUACUGAAGACUGGGUGGGGGCAGGGUUAGAGGGGUAGGGAUAGAGUUGUCGGGAAUAGGAGUGCAGGUAGAUUAUGGCUUAUGAUUGCGAAUAGGUCAGACUUCCAGCCGAGUAGCAGUGCUGUGUGCAGUCUGUCUAAUCUCUUCUCACAAUGUUGUGUAAUCUGACAGCUCUUCAUUAUGUCAAGGGAAAUGCACACACGCUAUCACCGACCUCUAGGAGAGUGUGACUCAGACGUUGUAGUGUGUGUUUGCGGUGUUUUCCCCUCUGUAAAUGAAGAGGGGAGGACUGAGCCUGUUAAUGAGAUGGUCUGUCUAGACAGAGUCUAUACUGUGGUCCAAUUAAAAAAACACAGUUUAGUUCCACUAGCUGAUAAAUACCCUCCUCAAACAGAUGCACCCCCUGGGUGGAGUAGGCAUAGGACUGGGGGCGUGUGUGCUGGGCUGUGUAUGGCACGGACUCAGUUCGUAAUUGUUAGGAUUUGUAGUGUCAUAAAUCUGACCGUAGAUCUGUGGUUACUGUGUGAUAUAUGAGGAAGGGUAAGUGUAUGCAUGUCUAUGUAACUUGUGACCCAUUCCAAUGGUGGUGGAAACGUAUAGCCCCUGCCUGCAGCAAGAAAUACCAUGGUGAUGUCAGAAUCCGGUGUGGCAUGGAAUGCGGAUCUCUCCCAGUCCUGCUGAGAUGGACGGCUAAAUUACAUCUUGUACAUAGCUGUGUAGAGCUAGUCUCUUUCACCAGCUGUGUUUAAUAGGGGAACCUAUAGGCUGUUUAGGCUAGAGGGACAGGGACAGGCUGAGAGCAUGUGGUGGUGUGUGCUGGUGUCUCUGGAUAAGGAACAUGCGGGAGGGUUUAGGGCUGCCUGGUGACUGACUCGCAUGAAAGACUUCUCUCUCUGAUCUGACAGGGCUGCUGUGGUUAUUUACCCCUAUGUGUGUGCAUUUCUGUGUGCGCCUACCCCAUGGCAUGGAGCCAACACUUUUAUCCAGGGUUGUUUUUCCAUGCACACACACCCACCACUUUGGCCUAUCCCCAGUUUCCCAAGCUCUAAUUAGUGUUUUACAGCACAUCUUCCCCCUGACUCAACACUGAACCCUUUUGUAGAAUGCCCUGUGAUCAUGCAUUAUAACCACAGCAUAUUAUGGUACUAAUGUUCUAGCUGGUGUGCGUGUUUCCUCCUGUAGUGUACGUGUGUAAGCUGUCAGAGGGAGAGCAUCCGUUGUUCCUGCGUCUGCUAGCAGGUCCCAACACCGACACACUGGGCUUCGUCCUGAGAGAACAGCAGACUGGCCAGGUCAUGGUAAGACGCACACUGAACUCCCACACACUAAACACACACAUUCACACUCUCUGUAUUAACCAUACCUCUCUCUCCUCUUCCAGUGGGAUGCGUUCUCCAUCCCAGAGUUGAGUAACUUCCUGAGGAUGCUGGAGAAGGAGGAGACUGAGCGGGUGUGUUCCGUGACGCGUCGCUACGACAACUACAGACUGAAACUGCAGGAGGCCAUGAGAGCAGCAGAGGGGCCGGGGUAAUGCUACUACUGUCCCUGAAGGAGAGAGGACAGGGGGGCUGGGAGCCAGAAGCCAGUCUGAGGGACACUGAGGGGGAAACUGGUCCAACCUGAUUCAGAAACAGGAGAGAGAGAGAGACAGACAGCUGGAAUAUACUCCAAAUUAUACCAGUGGACCCCGUGUGCAAUACACUGGAUGGACACUAGAGGGCAGCUGUGGUUCCACUGCACUCAGCCUGGACCUGCACUAAGCAUUGAGGAGCACUCAAGACUCAAGAGACUAGCUCCAUGUCUUUACGGAGUAGGCCUACUGCCAUAUCCACUCUUCUGUUCACUCUCUUUCGAUCCUUCUGGUUAAUGCAAUCUCUGUAGUUAGUUCCAUUUUUUAAUACUUUUAGAAUGGCCUUUUUUUGAACAUGUGAAUGAUUCAAACCCCAAAAUAUUUGAAUCAAUUUAUUUUGACUUUUUAUUUAAUUGGCAGAUGCAAUGGUUUGUACAUAUUGUGUAUUGUCGUUUUAAUUUAUGUGGGUGAAGCUUUGUUCUGUUUCUUUGCUGAAAUGGUUUUUAAUUGUAUUCUAUGGAAGCGUGGCAACAAUCCAACACCCGAGUGGGAAUAGGGACCGAGUCGUGUGCUCACUGAUUUCUCUCACAGGGGUUAAUGCAGAGAAAACACAUCGGCAAAAUAUAGGCUAGACUGGUUUAUCAUGGAAAUGACACAGUAUUCAAGGUAACUGAGAGAUGGACAAGAUGAAAUAGAAACUAGAAAAGACAAAUGAUACAGACCAGAAUAUGAGUGGUGUAUUUAAACUGAAGGUUGUGAUGGUCUUGAAAGGAGAAGCAGAUUUGGUGCAGUUUGUACAGUCUGAAAGUCACAAGCUGUUUGGGGUGUAGAGGUCAGGAUGAAAGUGUGACAACUUGUGACCAGACUGACAGUUAGUGGAGUUUGAGCUGAACGCCCACCUCUGACCUCUGGACAGAGACCAGUCGUAUCAGAGUAGAAGGGGUUAAUGCUGUGAGAAUGGAAAGAUUUUUGGAAGUUGACUAAUGGUUUUAGAGGAAGUAGAAAAUAAACUUAGAAGACUGUGUAAAAAAUAAAUAAUGAGAAAGGAAAUUAAAUGGAUGUGACAAAUUAGGGUUUUUGGAGUUCCAUGUUAAAAGAGAGAUUGUCUAUGCCGAGAAAGUCUAGUUCAGAGUUUAAACCACCUCUGAAGCCAGUACCAGGCCUGUGGCCACAGAUAACAUGGUUAGGAAUAGCAGCGAAAGACAACGGCUAUAUUGUUCCUGUUCCUCUGGUAUUCAUUUAACAUAGCUACAUUUGUCCUAAUCUGCUGUAGGGCUGGUAGGAUAAAUGCUUUAAAUCAGCCUUACAUUGCACCAGUGUGUGAACUCUGUGAACCCUGAAGUUCUCUGCAUGGGACAUCAGGAAAUGGAUGCGCUAACAGACCAAAGAGACUAGUCCGUUAUUGUAGAGGUGAAGUCACAUGGCCAUGUGUUCAGUCUCCUAGACUAGGAGAGAGCAGCUAGAACCUGUCACAUUUUGCCUCCCCCUCCUUGUCCGUCUCUCAGUACUGUAUUUACAUCUCUACCAGGGUUGUAUCCAUCUUCUGGGGGUUACAGGGGAGGUCAUUUGAACAGAGACUAUACUUUGGGAUAGAUGGACAAUCAAUUGAAUGGACAGAGCAACUAGUGAGUGCAUUUUAGGCCAUCAACCCUCGGCACAGUAUCAAAACACACUGACCAAAUGCAAGAAUAUAUGUUGAAUUGGCAUGUUUAAAAGCCUUGUUGUUUAUCUGCCAGUACUAUAUUACGUUUUUCUGAUGGUACUGCAUUAGUUGCCAUGUUUAUCUCCAUAGAAGAGUAGUGGUGUGGUUAUAUAGCCCCACUUUAUGGAUAAAUGCUGUAACUGUAUCCUCUCGGUCUUCACCUGCAUCAAACUGUUGAUCGAAAGCCUGUUGGUGAUAUGAUGUGCUGUUGCUUUCUGUUUUCCUGAUCGAUAACCAAAGAUAUUAUAAAAUGUUUAGAUUUAUUUUAGGUUUUGCCUGGUGCAAGAUCCUAGAGGCCUCAUAAAAAUUAAGGGAACAUUUAUAGCUAGAGUUUAUUAUAAGGGGUUACACACCCAGAACUUAAUUUACGUUUAAACACUGGGUUAAUGGAAUUAGAUAUGGUAAAAUAAUCUAUUACGUUUUAUAUCCUAAAUCCAUUAUUAAAUUUGCAAAGCACAGUGUUACAUUGACAGAUACCACUGGCCCUGUGUUAGCUA